AUGGUUGGUUCGUGCAACGGGUUGGUUUGUCUUCUUUACUCACAGAUCCGUGGCGGUAUUUGCAAUCCAGGAACAGGAGAAUUUCUUUCACUUCCCGGCUUAAGAGAACCAAGAUUUGCAGGGUGGACGCAGGUUGGAUUUGGAUACCUUCCUUCCACCAAAGAGUAUAAGGUUGUCAGAUACAGUAACAAUUUGUUAAACGGGGACGGGGAGGCGCAGGGACACGUAGACGUAUAUACUCUUGGCUCUCAAAGUGGGUGGAGAGGACAAGAAAACAUUCCUUACCGAUUCUAUUCAUCAGGCCUAUUUGCUAAUGGAGCAAUUCAUUGGAUUAGAAAAACAGGCCGAGGCCGACACCUGGUUUAUAAGAUUGUCGCCUACGAUCUGCCGGAUGAGAAGUUCAAGUACGUCUCCUCACUACCUUUUGAUUAUGAUGAUUUUGAUAGUACAAGCAACCUUGAUCCUGUUGGUGGCAUCUUCAAUCCAGUAACAGGAGAAAUCCUUUCUCUUCCAGGCUUAGGUAGAGAUUUGGAUUUGAGGUGGCGAUCAAUUGGAUUUGGAUACCUUCCUUCCACAAAUGAGUAUAAGGUUGUUAGAUGCAGUUAUACUGUAUUAAACAAUGAGUGGAAGGGACAUGCAGAGGUAUAA